GAGAUCUGCUGAGCCCUGGCAGUCUAUGAUUCUGUAACUUUCCCUUCGACAACUUUACAGAAUUCACAAAAUAGAGGAAACGGGGCCUGAAGGAAAUGGUCUGCUGCAUAGCAUUUUGUGAAAAAGUGGGACAGUUCCCCAAGGAAAGAAAUCCGUGGAAGGACACAGAACCUGGAGACGUUUCCUUAGGCAGCUGGCAGUGGCAGCUUCACAGCCUAGCACAGGCCUGCCUGUCGCUCCUCAGUAAUGUCCCCACCAGCUGCAGAUGAAGCAAAUGAGCAUUAAGUGGGGGAACCUCGUGGUCUGAGUGAGCCUGCAAGGUCCUGCCUGCAGGUCACUGGUCACAGCAGCAGCUGUAAACACUGUGCUCAGGGCAGCGCAGAUGGGGCUCUUUCUGAGACCACGAGGUCACUUGUCCUCUGAAGCCACCCUCUCUGCGGUCUUUCCCUGCCACCUGCAGACAUAAACACUGCUUUCAGCUUCAGUGCUAGAGGGACCUUUGAGAGUGAUCUCCCUAGGAGUUCUCAGCCCGUGUUUUCUGCAGCCCCAGUGAGUGAGUGAGUGUGUGUGUGUGUGUGUGUGUGUGUGUGUGUGUGUGUGUGUCUGAAAAUGGAAUUGAGAACAAGGAGAACACAUGGCUCUCUAGGCCCUCUGUCAUGGCUCUGCCAUUGACUCAGUUCUGGGACCCUGAGCAAGUUACUUAAUCUCUCCUGAAUCUCAGUCUCUGCCUCUGUGAAGAGGACGUGAGGGAAUGCGUGUUAGCACGCUUCCUGAUAAAGUUGAUCUAGUAUCUUCUCUAAUAGCACGACUUGUACAGUGCCUUGGGCUUUUCAAGGAGCUUUUCACAUAUGUGAUCUCACAAAAUUGUCCUAACAGCCAGAAGGUAGUAUCGCCCUCAUUUCAUUGAUGCAGGAACUGAGACUAAAAAGCCAGGCCUGGAAGUUCACAAUUUCAUCAUAAUAGGGCCCUUGUACUUUCUAAAGGUUUGUCCUGGUGUUCGGUGUGCUGGUGACAGGGUCCUACAGGCUGACGUUUGCGUCGUCCACAGACUUCCGUGAAUCACAGUGAUGUUCUGCUGAGGUGGGGGGAGCCCCUGAUGUGCACCAUGUGGGGUCUGCUUUGGCUGGAGGGAGACUGGGAGUGUCAUCCAGACCCUGAGCUCGAAAUCUCCAGUCUGUCACUCCAGCCAGCUGCGUGACCUGGGACACAUGACUUGACCUCUCGGAACCUGAGUUACCACAUGUGUGAAAUAGGGAUAAUCAUAGUAGCACCUCCUGCAUGGGCCGAUUGAGAGCAUUCAGUGAGAUAAUCCGUAUAAAAUGCGUAGCCCAGUGCCUGACCCAAUAUGCCUUAUAUGCCUUUGCUGCCAUUACUUCUAUUAUUAUAAUUGUUACCAUUUUCACACUAGACAUACCCAUCUUCAAAUGAGCCACUUUCCGUAUUUUGGCCAUUAUGCAUUAAACGCAUUCUUAAUAAACUCAUUUUAGGCUUGAAAUGGUAGGCUCUUCUGGUUUUCUUUUUAGCAUCUGUUAGAAGUAUUUUUAAAAGCUCUGUCUGAAUUCACAGGGAGCCCCUGUAAAUCCACUUGAAAGCGGAUCUCAUCACUAAAACCCCACAAAACACCUCGGUGAGAAUGGAGGAGUCGGGCUGUAAUUUACGGCGUCCACUUCUCGCUGCCAUUUGGCAUUUUGCAAACUGCCACUGCCAUUAGCCGUCACUUUUGAGUAUUUAUGAUCUCGUGGUUGAAGCACUUUGAUUCUCAUAACAGAAACAGGGUCACAUUUAGAAGAUGUGCCCUACGCCGAGCUGGAAAAUGAGAUCCCCCGGGGUGGCUGAUGGAUGGGGCCGCACGGGGAAGCGUGGCCUGCCAGCCAGCCUGAGCUGUGCCCUUUCCCUACACCCCGCUUGGAAGCCGUCUUUAUGUCUCAGGCCUUAGCCUGCCAGGCCUGGGCUUUCUGCUUGGCAAUGGCCAAGAGCCUGGGGCAAAAAGACGUGUAGCUAAAUACCACACUGUUUUCCACACGGAUGCCCUUUACAGCCAUGAGGUUGGCAAAGAUAGAGCUAGGAUUUGGCAGGAAUUCCUCCGUGGUCCUAAACUGGUUCUUUGUGUCCCAGGUAGUGGGGCAGAUUGUGGAUAUUGCAAGUGGGGAAGUGUGAGGGAAAUACGGCACCAACAUACUAAACUGGCAGUGGGAGAGAUACCAUCCCCUACUUUGGGCCUCAGUUUCUCCUCUGCUAAAUGGGAGGAUUUGGUCUUGCUGAGCUCUGAGGACCAUUCUCCUAGCCCGUUGAAUCUCUUGGUUCCCAUGAGAUGUUUGGCUGCUAACUCAUACAGGAGUUUUGAUCAGUAGAGUUGAGGGUUUUCAGAGGAGGAAGGAAAUUGCAUCUAAGUUGCAGUAAAAAAAAAAAAAAAAAAAAAUCAAGACAUGCACUGUGUAUAAAAAGGAGCACUGUCUCCAUCACUGUGUAAUGCAUGUUAUGAGAGCCUGUCCACCAGGAAAGCCUGUGAGAACUUAGACGGGCCCCUUCUCCUCCUAGACCCGUUUCUCCCUCUGCAGUAUCCGUCCAGGAUGCCACCUUAUGCUAAAUUGUGCCUCUUGGCUGGGACAGUUUCUUAGAGUUUGCUUGUUUCUGAUGACCUUGACAGUUUCGAGGUUGAGUAUUUUGUGAAAUCUGAUUUUGGGUUUGUCUGAUGUUUUUCUGCUGUUUUUAGAUGAGAGUUAUGGAUUUGUGGGAGGAAGGACCGCAGAUCAGGCUGCAUUACAUCAAGGGCACAUACCAUUAACAUGACUUCACCCUUUGAUGUGGACCUUGAUCACCUGGCUGAGGUGGCACUUGUCAGAUUUUUCCACUGUGAAGUCACUCCUUUUCAUGCUGCACUCCCUAGACAGAAGUCCCCAGGUGCACCCCACCCUCUAUUUGGGGGUCAUGACGUAUUAGUAACGACUCCGGACGUGCCUGGCACAGUGUUGGUGACCCGGGAUAUAGAGGGCCUUCCCAGCCUCACUGCCCACUCUUCCCUGUGUCGUCACAUCCCCUUCUCAUCAGUCUCAGGUGAGCAGAAGGCCUUCCCAUGGUGUUUCAUUUCUGCCUCGUUGGAACUCUGCAGGGGCUCCCACAAUCAGCAGAAGAAGAUAUUUUUCCUGGGAGAUGGGCAAAAGCUGAAGGAUUGGCAUGACCAAGAAGCCAUCAGGAGGGACGCCCAGCGCAUAGGAAAUGGAGAACAAGGGAGACCUUACCCCAUGACCGACGCUGAGCGAGUGGAUCAGGCCUACCGAGAAAAUGGAUUUAACAUUUACGUCAGCGAUAAAAUCUCCCUGAAUCGCUCUCUCCCUGAUAUUCGGCACCCAAACUGCAACAGCAAGCGCUACCUGGAGACACUCCCCAACACCAGCAUCAUCAUCCCCUUCCACAACGAGGGCUGGUCCUCCCUCCUCCGCACCGUCCACAGCGUGCUGAACCGCUCGCCCCCGGAGCUGAUCGCCGAGAUCGUGCUGGUUGAUGACUUCAGUGAUCGAGCUCUCCAAUUCUGUGACUUCAGGGAACGUGCUCAUCCAAGAAGACAGUGUGAACACUUGAAGAAGCCACUUGAAGACUAUAUGGCCCUCUUCCCCAGUGUGAGAAUUCUUCGAACCAAGAAGCGGGAAGGGCUGAUAAGGACCCGGAUGCUGGGGGCCUCUGCAGCAACUGGGGAUGUCAUCACAUUCUUAGACUCACACUGUGAAGCCAAUGUCAACUGGCUCCCCCCCUUGCUCGACCGCAUCGCCCGGAACCGCAAGACCAUUGUGUGCCCGAUGAUUGACGUGAUCGACCAUGAUGACUUUCGGUACGAAACGCAGGCGGGCGAUGCCAUGCGGGGCGCCUUUGACUGGGAGAUGUACUAUAAGCGGAUACCAAUUCCUCCAGAACUUCAGAAAGCUGACCCAAGCGACCCAUUUGAGUCUCCCGUGAUGGCCGGUGGACUGUUCGCUGUGGAUCGGAAAUGGUUCUGGGAGUUGGGUGGGUACGACCCAGGCCUGGAGAUCUGGGGAGGGGAGCAGUAUGAAAUCUCAUUCAAGGUGUGGAUGUGUGGGGGCCGCAUGGAGGACAUUCCCUGCUCCAGGGUGGGCCAUAUCUACAGGAAAUAUGUACCCUACAAAGUCCCCGCUGGAGUCAGCCUGGCCCGGAACCUGAAGCGAGUAGCCGAGGUGUGGAUGGACGAGUACGCCGAGCACAUUUACCAACGCCGGCCAGAGUACCGCCACCUGUCUGCUGGGGACGUCGCCGCCCAGAAGAAGCUCCGCAGCUCCCUUAACUGCAAGAGUUUCAAGUGGUUUAUGACCAAGAUCGCGUGGGACCUGCCCAAAUUUUAUCCGCCGGUGGAGCCCCCGGCGGCAGCUUGGGGAGAGAUUCGCAACGUGGGCACAGGGCUGUGUGCUGACACGAAGCAUGGGGCCCUGGGCUCCCCGCUGAGGCUGGAGAGCUGUGUCCGGGGCCGUGGGGAGGCUGCCUGGAACAACAUGCAGGUGUUCACCUUCACCUGGAGAGAGGACAUCCGACCUGGAGACCCCCAACACACGAAGAAGUUCUGCUUUGAUGCCAUCUCCAACACCAGCCCGGUCACCCUCUAUGACUGCCACAGCAUGAAGGGCAACCAGCUGUGGAAAUACCGCAAAGACAAGACCCUGUACCACCCUGUCAGCGGCAGUUGCAUGGACUGCAGUGAAAGUGACCACAGGAUCUUCAUGAACACCUGCAACCCCUCUUCUCUGACCCAGCAGUGGCUGUUUGAACACACCAACUCGACAGUCUUGGAAAAAUUCAACAGGAACUGAGCCCUGGUGUCUCAGCGGGCCUGGUGGGGUCCUCUCCUGGCGCUGCCAGCAGCCUUCCCCUCCCGAGGGAGGCAGGGCUUCCGUGGGCAGCGUGACGUGAAAGGCGCUGGCCAACAGGUCUAGGGCAGAGAGGGCUCUGACGGCUGGAGCAGGAGGCCCACCUGUUCCUUGAGGCCCAGUGGUAGCUGCGGGGUGGACAACAGACCCCACAUGAGGCCCCACAAAGAGCAGUGCCUGCUUUAAUCCCUGACGGCAUCAUGGAAAUCUAGGAGGGCCUUACCAAUUUUGUCACCACGUUCCUUUGGGCAUUAUGUGGGAGAAAUGCCAAGGCAGCCCUAGGCCACCCGAAAAUGGGUCCUACAAGGUUACCUAGCCUUGAGAUGGCUCGUAUGUGACGGCCCUUUAGAAAGAGAAGCCCCUGUUGUCCGUCUGGGCACUUGUAGCACCUCUGCCGUCCGUCCGCUGCAGAAGGGGAGGGAGGGAGUCUUUCUUGGGGCCACUGGUUUCAGCCAUUUAGUUUCUGCCUGUCAUGGAGUAACUGAGUAACUACAGUUACUGCCCGGCUUCUGUUCUGUCACAGCCCCAGGCGAUGCAUUCAAAGGCCGUACCUGGGCCCUCAGAGCAUCUGGUACUGAACACUGGCCAGCUGCCAGGCCUGGGGUCAGAAGCGGGACCCCUAGACGUUCCUUUGCCGCCAUGGACACAUGGGAUGUCUCUCCUUGCUCUCUGGGCACAAGACAGCUCAGCCACCAGCUCUUCAGGGCUGGGUUUCAGAUGACUUGGGCCCAUGGAAAAGGCCUAGUAGAAGACCUCCAAACCAGAUAUUCUGGCUGAAUUUCCCUUAUCAGUGCUUCCAUUUUCCUCUUUCUCUCUUGGGCGAUUACCUGCCUCAAGAAAGGAGCAGAUGUGUGAAGUGCUCACCUCACAAAGUCUGGAGGCCUCCAAGGUGGACCGGGGGCGAAAUGCCCAGCCUCUGACCUCAUUGCGGCUCCAGUUCUCACAUAGAACUCUAGAAUUUUUAUAGAACUGUAUCAUUGGAUCACAAACUAGAACGCCACAUAGGAUUCUGGUAUUCUAGCAUCCAGUUGGCAUUUCUAGAAUGCUGCGAUUUAAAAGAGCCAGCCAAGUGUAAUAUAGUUAAGGCAUCCAGCCCGCAACCUAGAGACAAUCUUUGAAAUCCGAGGUUGGUGGUGUCGGGGGGGAGGGGGUGGGUGACCCAUGUCCGUCAGCUUGUACCGGAGGCCUCGGUACGACACGGUCCACAGUGCAGACCCGAAGCCCUGCACCCUCCACCGCCUUCACAGCUGCAGUGGAGGAGGGUCCCACGAACAGGCAGACACCCAGGUCCAUGCCAGUCCCUCGUGUUUACCUUUUGCUUUAAUUAUGUGUCGGACUCCCAGAGGGCUCCCAAGCUAAUAGGAAGCAUUUCUGCGACCAACCUGCCACCCACUGAUUCAGAAAUGGAAAUCGCAUUCUACAACCUAUGGCUCCCACCAGCUAGUCCAGGAAAUACUUGAAAUCAGUGUUCCAAUUAGAGCUGGGUCUCUCGAUUGUGUCAUUUACCAAUUAAAUGAGACAUUAAUCUGGGAACAGAGCCAUGAAUCUGCCUUUGAGAUGCUGGCUGAUCUCAAGGCCAUCAGUUAUCAGGGGCGGGGAGGCAGAUAAAACACUCCUAACCACCACCACCCCAAUUAAGCAUAUAGCUGGCAAAGCAUCACUUCCUCCACUUCUGCCCCCACACACACCCUGCCCUGGCCACCUGUCCCCAGGAGAGGUGGCCCCUGUGCGUGCAACAGCUUGCUUGAUCCCUUCUUGUUGAUCCCUCCGUGUCUUUUCCAAACGAGUGCCAUAUCUUUAGAAGUGGCCCUCCAUAGGAAGGAGUCCAAAGAUGAGGCCCCUUCUGGGAUCUAGGAGAACAAGAGUUGCAGUUUGGAGAACUGAGGGUUCAUCAUCAGAGAGCAAAGCAGCAUCAUUAAAAUAAAAACUGUGCCUUUUAAAAAGAAAAAAUGCAAAUGUACAGCAAAUCCCUAAACUUGAACAAUUUCCUAGUGCCUUGCUAGACAAACAUAAAGGGGCAGGGUUGGGGGCGGGGGAGGGGAACCUUUCGUGGUAGUGUGUGCAGUUUCUGUUGGAUGAGUGUGUGUUUCUUAACUUCUGAUUUCAAGCAGGAGACGUUGGGCCUAGGGCAGGAUCUGGGAGGCAGAGAUGCCCCUCAAGGGCCAGAGGCUGGAGUUGUUCCAGUUCAUGGCAAGUAACCCUCCAAGUUAAAAGGGCAGCUGGACAACUCAUUUUGUCUGUGGCCUAGAAGGACCUCAGCAACCCCUGGGAGAGGGCCCUGUUUGUAGACCAUGCCUGGAGUCCCCCACCCCAGCCCCCACACGGAGUGCAAUGCACUCGCUAGGUUUCCAGAUGUCCCAUUCCAAGUGGGUGACAGUGUCCUCGGCAAGACCGGGACUCCUGUGGAAAGCAGGUGCAGCAGCAAGCGGGCUUCAGCUUUCCUCCGUCCCAUUAUCUGCUUUUGCACCCUCGACUGGGGAUGGGCAGGUCCUCUGAGCAGCACUUGCUGAGCCCUCACCAGGAGGUGCUGGGACUCGGCAAAGUGUGUAAGAGGGGAAGGAAGAGGUUCACGGCUCAGCUGACCAACUGACUGAUUACAAAUACCGCUGGUUGCUUUGGCCUCCUUUUUGAAAACCACCUGUCUCAGAGAUCCAGGUUCCUGCCCACACUGCCAGCCGAUGCUCAGUACAGCAGCCAGGACCUGUGGAGACGCUCUCAUCUGGGUCAUGGGUGAGAACGUGGGCCCCUUUGCCUCCCUUUAUUCUGAGCAUGAGGUCACAAAACAGGGUGCGGCCAGAAAGCAUCAUGACCGUGUGGCUCACCAGCAGCCUUUCCAGAGGGGGAUCUCCGAAAACAUUUUGGAAUGCAGAGAGCCUCUUUGCUGUAAAUACAAGGCCUUUGGAGGUGGCUAAAUGUUCAGGCACACGUGUGAAAAGCCAUUCUACCGUGUGCCUCCCCCUGGAGCUUUCAACUUUUAAAAUAGUCCAGGAACCACCCCUUUCUCCCCUUGUGGAAGAAUUAGUUCAGAGGCAGAGGGGGGCACUUCCACGGCGGGGGGGGGGGGGGGGUGACAUUAGGCCUAGGGGAGAAAGAGCAGUUCCUGUUGAAGAUGCGGCAUAUAGAUUCCCCAAGUGCACCCUAUAUUCACUUUCCAAACCUACCUGUCGAAUUUCUCUCUCUCCUUAAGAAAGAGAUGAUACCCUUGAAAAUGGAUCCCUGUUUCUUUCUGUGUAUCUUCAUUUUUCUAGUCUCUGGAAUCUCAAAAGCGUGGCAAAGCACUUUACGGUAGUAACCGAGAAUUACUAUGACUGGGGAUUCCUUGCUUCAGUGGUCUCUAGUGUGUACAGAUUGGGCGAUCUUUUAUAAUUCCUGGGAGGCAAUGCGUUUUUAAUGUUUUCUGAAGAUUUUUAAGCAUGGGAGAGGGGCAAGGAGUGCAGUCCAAUUCUGGAAUUCUUUUCUACUUUCCACCGAUGCUCUUUGUGAAAAUCGAAGUAAUAUUUCAGUUCAAACUUGAUCUUGAGCCAAGGCCAAGGCCCACUGCCGCCUCUGAGGUGGGUGUUGGACCUACAUCCCAAGUGACAAGGUCCUCUUAGCAUCCGCUCCCCAGAUGGCUUUGAUUCAGCCUCUCCAGACAACAGGGUUGAGCUCCUGCUCUGUUUUGGGCGUGAAGCGUGGGAUCCCAAAGGGACUACAGGCAGGGAAUAUUGAGAUGGAGACUGGGAUUCUAAACAGAGAGCUCAAGACCACCAACCUCUCUUCUCCUGCCCGGAAAAGUGAGCCUUUGUGAUGAACUGACUUACUGUGUACAAUUGUGAUUGUUGUUGAGUAAACCUCCAGACUUUCUCUAA